GCUGGAUCCACGCGACUUCUGACCGAUGGCCUUGAAAAGCCUUCGCUUUGCGCAGCCAAAAAAAGAUCCGCGGAACAAUUCCUGAGCUUCGGACAGGGCCUGGCUUUCACAGUGGUCAUCGUGGACUCCUAUCAGGUGAGCCAAGAAGUUGGCGGCUCCAUGGCCGACUCUGGGCUGCUGGUGGGGAUCUUCAUGACGGGGGGGAUGGCAUGAUCCCAUUUGUUCUGGACAUCGAAUCAGCUGCAUGGCCGCUUGUAAUUUGAAGGGCAGGAGUGUAUCCUCAUCGUCAUCAUCACCAUCAUCAUCAUCAUCACCAUCAUCACCGUGGCCCAAAGAUUAACAAGUUUUCGCGCAAGUCCCGUGCAAGUCGCGCGCAGCUCGCAGAUGCCCCGAAACUUCUUGGAGCAGGAGUUGCCCAUUUCUGUAUUUUGCAUUUUCUUUGUAAUUUGAUCUGAAGAUCCCAUCAAUUUUGCCAAGUGAAUUUGUUAGCAGAAAACUUGCAGCGGUGUAUACACAUGAGACCUCAUACACUUAAAGGGGCAUGCCAUUGGGGGACCUCAUGCGUAUGAAGACCGCCGCUUGGAUUUGCAAUGAAAACAACUUGGGAUAAGAGUUUUAAUACGGCAUUUAUUUUUCAGCUCAAAUGUCCUUUUGACCAAGUUAAACUUGUUGCUGGGGAAUCUAUUUCCCAAGGUGGGCAACGCCUUGAUGACUGCGGCGCUGCAUCUCUGGCCCGACACCUGGCAGAAACUGCGGUCCUGGCUGCGCUGGUGUCUCUUCUGCGACGUGUGCUCCGCGGUGUGCUACGUCUUGGUGCUGCAGCAUGUGGCGUUUUUGGGCCCCUGGGCGCUCUUCUGCCUGCUGCUGUGCCGCUUCUGCGGGGGGUUGGGCAUGGGCUCCACGGGGCAGCUGGCCGCCGUGGUGAUCGCCCAGGUGACAAAGGCAGAGGAGCUGCCGAACCAGAUGCAGCGCCUGCAGUUUUGGCAGUCCCUGGGCCUGGGCAUGGGCCCCCCCGUGGCCGCCUGCGCCUUGUGGGCCUAUGACGCGCUCCCCUGGCAGCUGGGCACUCGCCGGGCCGCGGCGUGCGGGGUGCUGGUGCUGCUGCAGGCGCUCACGGCGCUGGCGGCGCGCUGCCCCGCCCACUUGGCGCCGGUGGGAAGUCCACCGCCCCAGUCCGGCUCCAAGAUUUCCUCCGGCGGGAGGAGCCACCUGAUUGGCGCCUGCUGGCUCCUCUGCGCGCUGCGGGGCUAUGCCGUCGCGGGCGCGGAGGUGGGUACGGCCGUGUUGCUGGAGACGGGCUAUGGCUGGACCAGCCGCUCCAUUGGCCUGAUGAUCGGCUGGGCCUUCAUCGCCAGUGUGCCUCUGCGCUUCGCAUACACUCGCCUGAAAGACCGGCUUAGCACGGGUCUCUGGAUCCGGGUCAUGUCGCUCUGCGCCAUUGCUGGCACGUGUUUCCUGUUCUCCUCGGCUUCGGCAGUUGGGCUCAACUUGGUGCUCGCGGAUCUCAUCAUCUUUCCUGCCCUCUACUUGGGCGAGGGCCUGACCAGGGGUUUGAUGAUGCAAAUGGUUCAAGACCAAGCCGCCGUGAGCGUCAACACCGCGUCCUUUGUCGCAAUCGCCAUCAACAAUCUGGCCCGCACUCUGGCGCCCUGGCUGGCGCGUUUUUCCAUCUCCGCCGGACAGCCGGAAGAAGGCCAAAACCUCUUCGCUUGGGGGCAGCUCUUGUGCUGCGUCCUCUUCCUGGUGGUUUUCGAAGUGGGGAUUCAGAGAGCGAGCUGAAAGUGCCGGCAUGGCAACAUAAUUGGCCAAUCCCCCCCACGCAAGAACAAGCAGACGCUCCAAAACGUUGCGCCUGACCUGUCACGGGUGUUUUUGGCCUCACCCUCUUGCAGAAGGGCCCAAACGCGGCUUGCUUUGGGUUUGGGUGAGCGUGCAGCGCCUGGAUGAAUCAUCGAUUCGCAAUUCAUAAUCUGUGCUCAGUUGUACAGUCCCGUCAGUAUUAGGCCUGAUCAGACCGAAGGCAGGGAUCCGAU